AUCGCAUAUCGAUAUUAAUAUCGAUAAUAGAUAUGUGCAAAGUAAUAUGACUACACGUUUAUAUCAAAUUGCCGAGUUGAAAGGACACACAGAUAGGGUAUGGUCUGUUGCUUGGUCUCCCACCGGAAAUGUUCUUGCCUCUUGUGGGGGUGAUAAGACAGUUCGGUUAUGGGUUUCCAACUCUGACACUGAGUGGAUAUGUACCAAUGUUUUAGAAGGAACACACAAAAGGACAAUACGUAAUAUUGCUUGGAGUCCAGACGGGCGUCAGCUUGCCACUGCAAGUUUCGAUUCUUUGAUUGGUAUUUGGGAACAGGAGAAAGAAGGAGGGGAUUAUGAAUGCGUUGCCACUUUAGAAGGUCAUGAAAAUGAGGCCAAAUCUGUUUCGUGGGCAAGGUCCGGAACAUUACUUGCUACAUGUGGUCGUGAUAAGAGCGUAUGGAUAUGGGAGGUGGGAACUGAUAAUGACUUUGAAUGUUUGAGUGUUCUUCAAGAGCAUACGCAAGAUGUAAAGAUGGUUACGUGGCAUCCGACCAAAGAAAUAUUAGCAUCCGCUAGUUACGAUGACGCAAUUAAAAUUUGGAAAGAAGAUGAAGACGAUUGGUACUGCUCUAACACAUUAGAGGGACAUGAAAGCACAAUAUGGUCAAUUGACUUUGAUAAAACCGGUGAAUAUUUAGACGAUAAAACACUUAAAUUUUGGCGUUGUUAUCAUCCAGAUAAUCGAGAGGGAAUAAUUACUGAUCGAAAUGAGCCAAAAUGGAAAUGCAUAUGUACCAUGAGUGGAUAUCAUCAACGAUGUAUUUAUUCCGUGAGUUGGUCAAAGGUUCAUGGUCGUAUUGCUAGUUGUGGUGGAGACAAUACGAUCAGGGUAUUCGAGCAGGAAGAAAGCACAGUUUCUGGUAGUACAACAGACACUACUAAUUUUUCAAUGAUUGCGUCAGUUACAUCAGCUCACGGGGCUGCGGAUAUCAAUUGUGUGCAAUGGUAUCCUACUGAAAAGCACUUUAAUUGGCUAGCUACAGCUGGUGAUGAUGGAGUUAUUAGGAUAUGGCAAUUGGCUGAAGAAUAA